UAACUGCGGUAACCCGGAAGUUGUAUUGGCAUCACCCAGUCGGCGAUAGCCAAGCGUAAAUACCUGUCAAUUUUUAAUUAACAGGAUGUGAAAGAACUGUCCUAGUGCAACAACAUAGACGAAUAUUUUAAUAAGAGACUUACACGUCCGUCAGAAUGGCGGAAAAUGAGAAAGAGGGAGAAAAGGAACCAAAAGUAACAACAACAGAAGACAUUCUAAAAACUUCUGGGAAUGAUGAGUUGAAAUUUGGCUUAUUGAUUGGUUUAAUCAAGGUUGGACAGGUGUCAAAUAAAGAUGUGGUUGAUACUGUUUUAUACUUGUUGGUUGGAGGAGAGUUUGAUAUUGAAAAUAACUUCAUCAUACAGGAAGAACAAAACAUUAUGCAUAUGCUUCGGCUGUUAACACACUGUCCGUUAACACUCCAGGCUGAGGUAUGGAGUGUAUUCACAGCUAUGUUAAAGAAAAGUCGUAGAAACUUACAGGCGUGUACAGAAGUGGGCCUGAUAGAACAUGUUUUGAAUCUUAUAAAUGAUGCUGAUGAUGUAAUAGCAGAUUUAUUAGUAGACAUGCUAGGUUGCCUGGCCAGUUAUAGUAUUACAGUACGAGAAAUGAAGAUACUUAUGGGUUUACUGAAAAUUAAAGAUAGCAAAUGGCAAUUACAUUCAGUAAAGCUGUUGUCAGUGUUGAAUAUGAUGCCACAGAGAGAAGGACCAGAUGAAUUCUUUAGCUUUCCGGGUAAAAAAGGAUCACAUAUAGCCCUACCCCCAAUAAAGACCUGGCCAUAUCAGAACGGUUGGACCUUUAGUUGUUGGAUGAGAUUAGACCCAGUCACAGGGGUAACAGUAGAAAGAGAACAACCAUAUCUAUAUUGUUUCAAGACGAACAAAGGAGUUGGAUACUCAGCCCAUUUUGUCGGGAAUUCCUUGGUUAUUACUGCAAUGAAGAUCAAAGGAAAAGGUUUCCAGCAUUGUGUCAAAUAUGAAUUUCUUCCAAGAAAGUGGCAUAUGGUGACCGUAGUACAUGUAUACAACAGAUGGACCAAGUCAGAACUACGUGUGUAUGUGGAUGGCAACAUAGAAUCACAUUCAGAAAUGUCAUGGCUAGUCAAUACAAGUGAUCCAUUUGACAAAUGUUUUCUUGGAUCAAGUGCUGAAGGAGAAACAGAUCACAUGUUUUGUGGACAAAUGUCUACUGUAUACCUGUUCAGUGAAGCCUUGUCUCCGCAGCAGAUACAUGGAGUAUACCAGUUGGGUCCAAGUUAUAAGAGUCAGUUUAGAUUUGAAAAUGAAAGUGGCCUCAGCAAUGAAGAAAUCAAUAGAAGGCUAUUAUAUGAAGGAAAGUUGACAUCUACCAUUGUAUUUAUGUAUAAUCCAAUGGCUUGUGAUGCCCAGCUGUGUUUAGAGUCUUCACCAAAAGGGAAUCCCACACAUUUUGUACAUGUACAACAUGCUCUGAUGUCACAGGAUGUAAAGGCAGUUAUAACACAUUCCAUACACAGUACCUUACAUUCCUUAGGAGGUGUACAGGUGUUAUUCCCCUUGUUUGGUCAGUUAGAUGAAGUCGUGUACCGAGGAUCAGACAAACCUACAGAUGUAGAUUAUUCUAUAUGUGAAAGUCUGAUGAGCAUAUUGUGUAUCUUAUUAAAGAGUUCAGUCACCAUACAACAACAGAUGAUACAGAACAAAGGAUUUCUGGUUAUUGGAUACUUCUUAGAAAAGGCCAACAGAGAACAUGUGAACCCUACAGUACUAGGCCAUUUCCUGGACCUGACACAGUUCUUAGUAAACUUACCUACAGGUGGGAUGUUACUGAAACAGCUGUUUGACCAUAUCUUAUUUAACCCAGCACUCUGGAUACAUUGUUCUGUUGAGGUCCAGACCAAGUUAUAUUGCUACUUAGCUACAGAUUUUAUAAGUAAUGGUCAUAUCUAUAACAACAUCCGACGUGUGAGUGCUGUGUUACAGACUAUGCAUACAUUAAAGUUUUAUUACUGGGUGGUCAACCCCAAAGACAGGAGUGGUAUCACUCCUAGAGGUGUUGAUGGACCAAGACCCACCUAUGAUGAGAUAGUAAAACUAAGGUCUUUCAUGUUACUGUAUGUUAAACAGUUGUUACUGAAAGGACAGGGCGUACAGGAAGAUGAAUUACAGAGUAUACUUAACUAUCUAACUACUUUACAUGAGGAUGAUAAUUUAAUGGAUGUCCUCCAGUUAACCACAUCACUUAUGGCAGAACAUCCCAUGUCUAUGGUGCCAUCAUUUGACAAGAAAGCUGGGAUUAAGACUUGUUUCAAACUUCUAGCAUCACCAUCAGAAAGGCUGAGAAUACAGGCAUUGAAGUUAAUGGGAUUUUUCUUAAUGAGAGCUACACAUAAAAGGAAACAAGAAUGUAUGGGACCUUACAAUCAGUUUUCAUUACUUGGUGAACGGUUGAUGUUAAAUGAACAACGUAUUACAUUAAAUACAUAUAAUGCGUUGUUUGAGCUUUUGACUGAAAGAAUUACCUUAGAGAUGACAUCUGAGAGACAAAUUGAUCCUGAAUCACAUUUUAGAAUAGAAAAUUCCUCGAUAUUGAAGGUUGUGGCCACAAUGAUUAGGCAAUGUAAGAUGACACCAGAAAUAAUGGAAGUGAGGCGACUGUUUUUAUCAGAUCUUACUAUACUGUGCAAUAAUAACAGAGAAAACAGGAGAACACUGUUACAGAUGUCUGUCUGGCAGGACUGGCUGUUUUCUCUUGCCUACAUUUAUCCCCAGAAUGAGGAGGAGGCUAAGAUCACAGACAUGGUGAUGUCAUUAUUUAGGAUGUUAUUACACCAUGCUAUAAAGUAUGAAUAUGGUGGAUGGAGAGUUUGGAUAGAUACAUUAGCUAUUCUUCAUUCAAAGGUAGCCUACGUAGAUUUUAAGAUUCACAUGUCCAGAAUGUACAAAGAAUAUGAUAAACAAAGAACUGAUGACCUUGACCCAGCCGAACGAAGACAUUACCCUGUUAGUACUAUAUCUGGUGUCUCGGAUGCAGAAAUAGCAAAACCUCUGCCAAAAAGUACUGUUACUUUAAAGGAAUUGGCAGAAUCAGGAGGGCCAUCUGGUGACAGCAAUAAUAGUCAAGGGGAGAAAACUGAAGAAUUGAAUACUCAGCAACAAGUUGAACAAUUUUUAAAUGAAGUUAUAGAUGAUGUGGUAGAUAUUGUUGAUGGUAAAAAAUCAAAUGAUUCACAAGAACCAAGCUCAGAAAGUACAAAUCAAAAACCUAGUCAGCAAACAGAAGAGGAACAAAGUGAAGAUACUGAGGAACGUCCUAGAAGACAGGCCUCAGUACAGAGGACAGAUAGUACAAGAAUAUUCAGCCCUGGACCAAGGGCUCCACCAUUUAGAAUACCUGAGUUUAGGUGGUCAGGCCUUCAUCAGAAAUUGUUAUCAGAUUUGCUGUUUUCUAUAGAAACAGACCUACAAGUUUGGAAAAGCCAUAGUACUAAGACUGUGAUAGACUUUGUAAAUGCUGGUGAGAACCAUGUGUAUGUUGUCAAUGUAACACAUAUGAUAUCUCAGCUGGCAGACAAUCUAAUCACUUCCUGUGGUGGAUUACUUCCCUUAUUAGCAGCUUCAACUUCACCUAAUGGAGAAGUAGAGUUAUUAGAACCAACCCAAGGCUUAUCUAUAGAACAAGCUGUAUCUAUACUGAACCGUGUGAUGAAUAUGACUGAUAUCUUAGUAUUUGCCAGUUCUACAAACUUUGCUGAGUUAGAACAAGAAAAGAAUAUGCCAACAGGGGGCAUUCUGAGGCAGUGCCUUAGAUUAGUAUGUACAUCAACAGUUAGAAAUUGUUUAGAAUGUCGACAUAGACAGGCUCCAAAAACUCCAACUAGUGCCUCAACACCUUCAGAAAGAUCAAGGUCGGGGUCAAUGAGAGGUCAGAGCCAGGUUGUUAAUGGUGUUGACCCCAUACAGGCUCUAAUCAUGGCUUCACAUCCUACAGAAAAGAACAUAGUAGAGAAUCUGAAUGAGAAUGUAUCUCCAAUAAAGGAUUAUGACAGACUUCUACAAGACAUGGACAUUAACAGACUAAGGGCCGUUGUUUAUAGAGAUGUGGAGGAAACUAAACAGGCACAGUUCCUAGCAUUGGCUAUUGUAUACUUCACCUCAGUGUUAAUGGUGUCCAAGUACAGAGAUAUCCUAGAACCACCCAGUCCUGCUGCCACACCCACUUCUAGUACACACAGACAGUCUUUUACUUCUCAAUCUGUACUGAUGGAAAUUGAGAAGCUGGCAAGUGUGGAAAGAAAAGGGGAUGAAAAUGGAGAUGAUGAAGAGGAAGAAGAAGAAGACGAUGAAGAGGAGGAAGAAACUGAUGAAAGUGAACAGGAAGAAGAAGUUAAGGAUGAUCAGACAGGGGACACAACUCCAGAAAAGGAUGAUCAGGCAGGGGAGACAACUCCAGAAAAAGAUACAGAAUCAGAGGAUAAAACUGAGGAGCCACAUGAGAAGACAAAGAUUAAAGCUGAUAUUCAUAUCAAUGAUACAACAGCUGUUGUUAAACCUUCAGAAAGUAAGAAUAAAGAUGAAGAAACUGAAUCUCCAAGUGCAGAUCAGAGUCACGAGUCUAUAGACCAAUCAGAUGACCAGGAGACAGAGAAGGAGGAAGACAGAGGGGCAGCUGAAGGGGGUCAGACUGAAGGAGAAGAUAAGACUGAGGUUAAAGAAAAUGGUGUAGAAGACCAAGAUACAUCAGUAAAUGAUACCUCAGCCACCUCCACAGAACAGGAGCAGGAAUUAGAAUGGGAUGGCUCCGGUGAACCUGAGCCACAGCCCAUCUCUGCUAUCUCUGCUGGUACCCAUGGUGUUAGGCACAACAGACCCAGUCUUAAACUCCAGCUUAGUAGGAGUAAGAUACCUGGCCCUGUAGAGAAUCUACCUAUGCCUGGUGGAGAUACCGGAUCACUUACAGAAAGAUUGGAGAAAGCAUUAGGAUCAGUCGCUCCAUUGUUGAGAGAAAUUUUUGUCGACUUUGCUCCAUUUUUGUCAAAGACACUGAUUGGAUCACAUGGACAAGAAUUGCUUAUAGGAGGUCUAGUCACAUUGAAACAGAGCACCUCUGUAGUAGAACUGGUUAUGUUACUGUGUUCACAAGAGUGGCAGAACUCUCUACAGAAACAUGCUGGACUUGCCUUUAUAGAACUAGUCAAUGAGGGGAGAUUGUUAGCACAUGCUACUAGGGACCAUAUAGUUAGAGUUGCAAAUGAAGCUGAAUUCAUAUUAAAUAGAAUGAGGGCUGAAGAUGUACAGAAACAUGCUGAAUUUGAGUCAUUGUGUGCCCAAACUAUGCUAGACAGAAAGGAAGAAGAAAAACUUUGUGAUCAUUUGAUAAAAUCUGCAAAGAGAAGAGAUCACCAGAUAGCUGUUAAACUGAAGGACAAAAUACUGUAUAUACUGACCAAUAAACAUGGAGCUUGGGGUGAUCCUUGUGAAAAACCUGCAGAUUUCUGGAAGUUAGAUGUAUGGGAGGAUGAUUCUAGGAGACGGAGAAGGAUGAUCAGGAAUCCACAUGGAUCUACACAUCCUGAGGCUACUCUAAAGGCAGCUAUAGAACAUGGAGCAGAAGAAGAUGCAAUAAACCAGGCUAGAGAAGCUUUCCAUGCCCACCUAUCAGCUCAGAAGAAGGUACAACAACAACCAGAUUAUACUGACGAAGAACUGAUGAUGGAAGAGAGAGAUCUCGACCAGGAAUUUAAUGGUCCUGUUGCUCUGUCCACCCCCUGUAAACUGAUAGCCCCUGGAGUAGCUAUUGCUGGUACCAUGGCAAUAACAAAGUCAGAACUUUACUUUGAGAUUGACGAAGACAAUGAAGAGAACAAGAAACACGAUCCUAAGGUGUUGAAUUACAUUGAGUAUGUACAUGGAAGGUGGCAUUUCAAUGAGGUCCGUGCAAUCUUUUCAAGACUUUAUCUACUACAAAAUGUUGCCAUUGAAAUUUUCAUGGCCAAUAGAACUGCUGUUUUGUUUUCCUUUCCUGAUCAUGCAACUCUUAAAAAAGUUAUCAAUGCAUUACCUCGAGUGGGAGUUGGGGUGAAAUAUGGUCUUCCUCAAGCCAGGAGAAUGUCCUUAGCCUCAGGCAAGCAGCUGUUUAAAUUGUCCAGUAUGAUGCAGAAAUGGCAACGAAGAGAAAUUUCCAAUUUCGACUAUUUAAUGUACCUUAAUACUAUAGCUGGUAGAACAUAUAACGAUUUGAACCAGUAUCCAGUUUUUCCCUGGGUAAUCGUCAACUAUGAAUCAGAGGAACUGGAUUUAAGUCAACCAAAUAAUUUUAGAGAUUUAUCAAAGCCUAUUGGAGCUUUAAACCCAACCAGAAAAGCUUUCUUUGAUGAGCGGUACGAGACAUGGGAACAUGAUCAGAUACCUCCAUUCCACUAUGGAACUCAUUACUCUACGGCAGCUUUUACACUUAAUUGGUUAAUACGUGUGGAGCCUUUCACAACAAUGUUUUUAAAUCUACAAGGAGGGAAGUUUGACCAUGCUGAUAGAACUUUCUCUUCAGUAACACAGGCAUGGAAGAGUUGUCAGAGAGAUACAUCAGACGUUAAGGAACUGAUACCAGAGUUUUACUGCUUACCAGAGAUGUUUGUUAACCAUAAUGGCUUUACCUUUGGUAAACAAGAUGAUGGAUCAGAAGUUAAAGAUAUUAUAUUACCUCCAUGGGCCAAAAAUCCUGAAGACUUUGUUAGAAUUAACAGAAUGGCCUUAGAAUCUGAGUUUGUAUCCUGUCAGUUACAUCACUGGAUAGAUUUAAUAUUUGGAUACAAACAGAGAGGUCCAGAAGCAGUCCGAGCAACCAAUGUGUUCUACUACCUUACUUAUGAAGGAAGUGUCAACUUAGAAACGAUGACAGAUUUAGUCAUGAAAGAGGCAAUAGAAAACCAAAUCCGAAACUUUGGACAGACACCUUUACAAUUGUUAACAGAACCACACCCACCUAGAAGCUCAGUCAUGCAUUUGACACCUAUGAUGUUUUCUACUGUACAAGAUGAUGUAUGUAUGAUAAUGAAGUUCCUGUCUAACUCACCUGUCUGUCAUGUGGCAGCUAAUACACAUCCUGCCGUACCUGUGGCCGCAGUAACUACCAUAUCAUGUAAUCAUAACUUUGCCAUCAAUAAAUGGAACAAUAAUUAUCAGCAACAAGGAACUCCAUCAAAUUUCUCAUCAACUGAGAAACAAGAUACUCAGGUUAAACUGCCCAUGGAAAUGGAUCAAUUACUAGUCAUGAAUACAGCCUUACAUAAAAGAACCUUGGGUGAUAAUUUUGACGAGAGGAUUAAAGCCAAAAAUUCCAGCUUCAUUACAACAGCAGACAACAGAUUUCUGUUUGCAUGUGGAUUCUGGGAUAAAAGUUUCCGCCUGUUCUCUACAGAAACAGCUAAGAUUUUACAAGUUAUUCAUGGACAUUUUGAUGUGGUAACUUGUGUUGCCAGAUCUGAAUGUAACUUAAACCAGGAUUGUUAUGUGAUUACUGGUUCUAAAGAUUGUACUGUUAUGGUAUGGAUGUUUACCUCAAGGAACCAGGCCAUUAUUGGAGAUAAUGGAAGUAUGGAACAUCCAACACCUAAAGCUACCUUAACUGGUCACGAAACAGAAGUGACCUGUGUUGCCGUCCUUGCUGAAUUAGGUCUAGUCUUCAGUGGAUCUUACAAGGGUCCAUGUUUAGUCCACACAUUGAAUGGUGACCUAUUGAGGUCAUUAGAAGCACCUGAUGGCUGUUGUACACCUGAGAUCAUCAGUGUAUCACGAGAGGCUUUUGUGUUGGUCAAGUUUGACCAGGGACAGAUUUGUAACUACAGCAUCAAUGGACGACUUCUACAGAGAGUUAGCCACAAAGAUAAUAUACAGACAAUAAUUCUCAGUAGAGAUGGGCAGUAUAUAAUGCUAGGAGGAAACAGUGGAGUGGUAGAAGUGUGGAGGUCACAUGACCUAAAUCUAUUGUAUACAUAUCCACCAUGUGAUAGCAGCAUCCUGUCAUUAGCUCUAACCCAUGAUCAUAAAUUCUUAUUGGCAGGCCUUGGAACUGGUUGUUUAUUGGUGUUUAAUAUAGACUUUAACAAGUGGCACCAUGAAUAUCAGGAAAGAUAUUAACAAGUGGACCAUUUCAUCGUGAUUUCAUACAUGCACUGCAUCAAAUAAGGAUAUUUGAGGCAGCAAAUCUGUUUUAUUUAUCUGUAAUAGUACUAAAAAGAUGCUUGUUUUAUUGAUUUAUAUCAUCAGUUUAACAAAAGUUGAAGCAUAGUUAGUUAGUCUUCAGCUAUUAAUUCAUUUCUGGCAUGCAUAUUAUAAAUUUAUUUAAUAUUCAUAUCUACUAAAUUGCUUACUAAAGUUUCUUAUUUCAAGGGACUUAAUCUAUACUGUAGUUUGAGUCGAGUAGGAUAUAUUGUUCUCACAUAUAUAGUAUAAAUAUAUUUGGAAAAUAUUAUUAUUUACUCCCAAGGAAAGGGAAAUGAUGUAAAGAAAUAUAUUAAAUUGUAAAUAUAUAUUUAUUUCUCAAAAGGUUGUGUGUUUUGUGUGAGAUGCUUGUUCUUCAAGUAGUACUAAUUUAGUAGCUUUUUCUAGUUUUGUACACAUUUUUGUAAAAUUACAAUAAUUGAAAAGAUUGAUAAAUCAUAAUUGAAAAGAUUGAAAAAUUAUAA